GUGUUUGUUUUUUAUUUAAAAUACUUCACUCUAACAUUUUCUUUAGACCUCUAAGCACGUUGCACCAACACUUGUACCAUCCCAAUCCUCUUUAUUUUUACUGAUAGCCCUCAAUUCUGUUAUCUCUCCUCCUUAUUUAUUACUCCAUCACCACAAAAAUGAGUAUACCAUCCUAAAUUAGAAAGGAUUUUGCUUUUCGUAAAGAAUGAUCCUUACUACGUGCAAAACAACCCCAACACAACAUUCUCAUCCUCCAAAACCACCUUCACAUACUCCUCUUCCAAUUCCAAGUCAAACCCUCUCUCUAAAACAUACACCCCCCGCAAAAUACACACACCUCACCGUAUCAUCAUGGACAGCCACCAUUUCUCACCACUGUCGAAACGGCCAUUUACACGAAGCUGCUUCCGAAUUCACACGCAUGAGAGAAUCUGGAAUUGAACCAAACAACAUCACUCUCAUCACUCUCCUCUCUGCUUGCGCUCACCAACCCUCCAUUACUACCAUUACCUUUGGAGCUACGUUACACGCAUACGCUUUCAAACAUGGUUUUGCCGUUAACGAUAUAAAGGUGGGAACUGCGUUGAUCGACAUGUACGCUAAAUGUGGUCGUGCUGGUUCAGCUAGGUUGGUAUUCGAUCAAAUGGGUGUCAGAAAUUUGGUAUCUUGGAACACUAUGAUUGGUGGGUACAUGAAGAAUGGUGAAAUUGAAGAUGCACUGAAAUUGUUUGAUGAAAUGCCUAUGAAGAAUGCUGUUUCUUGGACUUCGAUUAUUGGUGGGUUUGUGAAGAGAGAUUGUCAUGAAGAAGCCGUUGAGUGUUUUAGAGAAAUGCAGCUUGAUGGUGUUGUACCUGAUUAUGUGACUGUUAUUGCUGUGAUUUCAGCGUGUGCUAACUUGGGUGCACUUGGUCUUGGUUUGUGGGUACAUAGAUUUGUGAUGAAGAAAGAGUUUAGAGAUAACGUUAAAGUUUCCAAUUCGUUGAUCGACAUGUAUGCACGAUGCGGGUGUAUAGGGUUUGCUCGUCAAGUUUUCGAUGGAAUGUCUCAGCGGAAUUUGGUGUCGUGGAAUUCGAUCAUUAUUGGUUUUGCUGUGAAUGGGCAUGCAGAUGAGGCUCUAAGUUUCUUUUAUUCAAUGAAAAAGGAAGGGUUCGAGCCUGAUGGAGUUAGUUACACGGGUGCCCUCACGGCGUGCAGUCAUGCUGGAUUGAUCGAUGAGGGACUGAAAAUCUUUGCUAACAUGAAGAAGGUUAGUAGAAAUUUGCCGAGGAUUGAGCAUUAUGGUUGCUUAGUGGAUCUUUAUAGUCGAGCAGGGAGGGUGAAGGAGGCAUGGCAUGUAAUCAAGAAAAUGCCAAUGAAGCCUAAUGAAGUGGUGUUGGGGUCAUUGCUUGCUGCUUGUAGGACUCAAGGGGACGUUAAAUUGGCUGAAAAAGUGAUGAAGUAUCUUGUUGAAUUGUAUCCUGAGGGAGAUUCCAAUUAUGUGCUUCUUUCUAACAUAUAUGCUGCGGUUGGAAAAUGGGAUGGUGCUAGCAAGGUUAGAAUGGCAAUGAAAGAACGUGGCUUGCAAAAGAAACUAGCAUUCAGUUCCAUUGAGAUUGAUUCCAGCAUUCAUAAAUUUGUGUCUGGUGAUAAAUAUCAUGAAGAGAACAACUCUAUUUACUCAGCAUUGGAGCUUCUGUCAUUUGAGCUAAAAUUAUGUGGCUAUGUUCCCAAUUUAUCUGGAAAAGAACCUUAUGAGGAUGAUUGAAUUUUGUGAUUGAGUUGCACAAUAACAUAACUCACUCAUCAUACCUACUAAUCGAGUACAAGAAAGUGAUUUUUACUCUAAA